AUGGAAACUGAUUUCAAACAGAUAAUAUUGGAUGAAACUUUAGCAAAAGAUAAUGAUGAAUUUUAAAGAGAAAAGGAGAUUGUCAUGGACAGAAUCCGUAGAAAAAUUUAAGAGGAGUAGGAUAAGAAAAGAAGAGAAUACUAAGUUCAAAUUGAUAAGGAGCAGGAAGAACGCAAGUAAAAAGAUGAAAUCAGGAGGCAACAUCGCUUACAGGAAUUAUAGAAAAAUUAGCAAAUGUUCGGAAUACAUACUGAGGAUGCUGCUUCAACUCGCUAACAUAACCAUACAUUAGGAUAGUAGUAAUAUAGAAAUAUGAGGAGCGCCAGUGUUUAAUGGCAAAAUAUUCAGGAUUAUCAAAAAAAAUAAAGAGAAUCUGCUUACUCAGCCUAUUAGCCUAAUCUAAAUGUAGAUCCAGAGAUCUAGAUAAUCGAGCAAUAACGACUCUAGUAAUAACGACAAAGAGAGGAGGAGAUUAGAAAAUAGCAGAAAGUUUAAGUUGAAUAAAAGUAAAAGAAAGAAUAAUUACAGCAAAACAAUGGAAAAUUAAGUAAGCAAGACAAAAAAGGUAAUGAAAAUACCUAAAAUAGAACUAUAAAUCUAGAAGACAGAAAUAAGGGGAAAGAUUUAUAGAAUAAUGCAUAAACCGAGAAUUAGAUAGAAGAAGAAGAGGCUAUUGAUUAUUCAACUUGGAAAACAUUUGUAAGCAUUCCUUAUGAACCAGCCCCUCCAGAUCCAAUCUGGAUGCAGAAGAAAUAAGCAGGGAAGAGGUUGAAUAUACAAGAAAAAAAGGAAAUGAUGGAAUAUGAGUUCAAUAAAUCACAUAAUGAGCUACAGAAAAGAAAUUUGAAAGUGCCAUCUAGAGCAACUUUCGUUUAGGUGAUGGAUGAAUAUCAUACUUUGAAGACUCAAUGUCUUAUUUCUCAUUCAUGUGCAGGUAAAAACUAUCCUGUAUACGACGGCAUUUUUGACAGAUGCGGAAAAAUGAAUCCUUUUAUUCAGUGGGAAAAAUAUGUAUCAGAUAAGAAAAGCUCAGAUGAUGUAACUUAAUUUAUGUUGCACUACAAUAUCUAGCCAUUUUAAGCUCCUUAAAAAGCAUAAACUACAUUAAAUGCUUUCUUUUAAGCUAAAUAUGGGAUGUUCUAUUGCUAUGAUAAUAAUAAAAACUACGGAAUGAUUGAUUAUGAUCCUGAAUUAAUUUAGAGAUGGGAAAAAACACCUAGAUAACUCAAACGCACUUGGACCAUGGCUGUAAUGAGUGCUGUUAGUGAUGGAUCGAUUUCAUGGGAAGACAUUAAAUGCUAUAGAGUUAGAUUUGAAGAUACAAAGAGAUGGCGAAAUUUUGAAGAUAGAUAAUUUAACAGGAAGGUAACACACUAAAACAGGCAUUCAUCUGAAUGA